AUGCCCCACCAUGCUGUAAUCCGUGAGGACAGCGCCACGACAAAACUACGAGUAGUUUUUGAUGCGUCGUGCAAAUCGCUCAAUGGACUUUCACUGAACGAUGCAUCAAUGGUGGGCCCCACUGUCCAGCAGGAAAUUCGAUCGAUAAUCAUGCGUUCGAGAAUACACAAGGUGAUGAUCAUUGCUGACAUCGAACAGAUGUAUCGUCAAGUACUCGUGGACGAACGAGAUACACCUCUGCAACGAAUUGUGUGGAGAUCAUCACCGGAGCACCCUCUGGGUACCUACGAAUUACUAACCGUAACCUACGGCACAGCAAGUGCGCAGUUUCUUGCCACUCGGGUUCUCCAACAGUUGGCUGAUGACGAACAGCAACAACACCCAACAGCAGCUGCAACUCUACGUAAGGAUUUUUACGUAGACGAUCUUUACUCGGGAGCAAACAGCAUCGACGAAGCAAUUGAGCUCCGGCAGCAACUUGAAGCACUACUUCUCAAGGGUGGAUUUCAGCUUCGAAAAUGGGCAUCGAAUGAAGAAGCAGUGUUGGACGGUGUACCUUUGGAGAAUCGCGCUCUUCAAACAUCAUUCGACCUUGACCGUGACCAAUCCAUAAAGUCACUGGGUCUUCUCUGGGAACCGGCCCUAGACCAACUUAAAUACAAAAUCAAGCUACCACAGGAAUCGCCUGACGCUCCACUCACGAAACGCUCCGCUCUUUCACAAAUCGCUCGACUUUUUGACCCCCUUGGUUUGUUGGGCCCAGUUGUGGUCACUGCAAAGUUAUUCAUGCAAGCACUAUGGAUGCUGAAGAACGAUAACGGAAAGGUUUUCGAUUGGGACCAAGAACUGCCUUCAUCCAUGCGAGACACUUGGCUCUCAUAUUGCACUCAACUACCACUGCUUAACAAUCUUCGAAUUGAUCGGUUUGCCCUUGCGACGAGUGCUGCUUCCGUCCAAUACCACUUUUUCUCUGACGCUUCAAAGCAUGCGUAUGGUGCGUGCUGCUACCUCCGAUCAACUGACACAUCUGGUGCAAUUAAAGUUACCCUCCUGACUGCCAAAUCAAGAGUUGCUCCAUUAAAACAGCAGAGUAUCCCUAGACUCGAGCUAUGUGGAGCCCUUCUUGCAUCCGAAUUGUAUCAAAAGGUAACAGCAGCUCUUGAAAUAACUGGCGAGACAUUUUUCUGGGUCGACUCGACGACGGUUAUCAGCUGGCUUCAAGCUACUCCGUCAUCGUGGGCCACCUUUGUUGCCAAUCGGGUCUCUAAGAUCCAACUUACCACGCAAAAUUGUUCCUGGCAACAUGUCGCCGGGCAGGAAAAUCCAGCGGACUGUCUGUCUCGUGGAAUUCCAGCAGAAACCAUCCUCAACAACAAACUCUGGUGGCAAGGACCAAACUGGCUCCAACUUGAUCAACAAUCUUGGCCAAGCGAAUCACCGAAUCAAACUUCUGAUGGCGAAAUUCUCAUGGAAGCAAGGAAACAAAGCUCAACGGCAUGUCCGGUGUCUACGGAACCAUCAUUCGUCGAUAUUCUCGUGGGAAACUUUUCAAAUUUGAACCGGCUUCUGAACGUAGUCGCCUACUGCCAGCGAUUCAUUCGGCAUUGCCGACGGCAACCUAGUAUCAACGCGGAUCCAUCCUACAUCACCACUGAAGAACGACAUACUGCUGAAAUCACUAUAAUUCGACUAAUUCAACAAUCCUAUCCUGAAGAAUGGAAGCAGCUCAAUCUAAAAAGAUCCGUGUCACCUAGGUCCCGCCUAAGAUGGUUCAAUCCAUUCAUCUCACCUGAGCAGGUCAUACGAAUUGGUGGACGGUUGAAUCAAGCACCUCAGCCUUUCGACAGCAAGCAUCAGCUUCUCCUACCAGCGACACAUCCUUUCUCGAAGCUCCUAGUCCGCUCGUGUCACGAAAAAAACUGCACGCGGCACCUCAGUUGCUCAUCACAAUCAUCCGUCUGCGAUACUGGAUCACAGGGGCCAGGAGCCUGGCCAGAUCCAUCACACGUAAUUGUGUCACCUGUGUACGAGCUCGUCCAAAACUGUUGGAACAGUUUAUGGCCGACCUACCAGCAUCCCGUGUCACUGCAACGCGACCGUUCACGGUAA